AUGGCAACCAUCGGAGCGAUCCGGCAGAAGUUCUGGACUACGAACAUACGGAGGCUGCUACGGAGGGUGGUGAGCAAAUGCAACGUUUUUAAGCUGCGAGGAGCACGACCAACUCAGCCUGAGAUGGGUCCCCUGCCAGAGUUUACCGGAUUGGACUAUUUUGGACCGCUAUUUGUGACGGUUGGACGUCGCAUGGAAAUGAGGAACUACAUGAGCCGACGUGGACCCGUCGUCAGGAUUAGGAGCGACAAUGGAAAGAACUUCGUUGGAGCUAACCGCGAGGCUAAGAGGUUCAGCGAAGUGUUCGAGACUGUACAGAUCCAGAGCGAGCUGUUGUCUAAAGGAGUUGAAUGGAUCUUCGAUUGCCCAGGGAACCCAGCUGAGGGUGGCGCCUGGGAGAGGAUGGUGCAGUGUGUGAAGAAGGUGCUGGCGCACACGAUGAAGGAACUCGCGCCUAAGGAGCACGUGCUGGAGAACCUGCUGAUUGAAGCGGAGAGUAAAGUAAACUCUUGUGCGCUCACACAUCUACCAGUGUCGGUGGACCAGGAGGCUCCACUGACACCCAACGACUUGCUGAAGGGAGCACCCAAUGCUUCAGAUCUUCCCAAGCAUGACGGACAGGAGUCCCUGAGAUGCGCUACCAGGAAGCAGUGGCGCAUUGCAAGGAUGAUGCGGGAUCGGUUCUGGAAGCGAUGGGUGCAUGAGUAUCUGCCGACUCUUGUGCGCAGGGAGAGAUGGUGCAAGCACUCCGAGUCCAUUUGUCGAGGAGACCUAGUGUUCAUCUGUGAUUCACCCACAAAUGGCUUACGAAGCUUACGAAAGCUUCAUUUGUCAGCUUACGAUGUGGGCAGUUGGGACGAAGGCGUGAUACCACAGGUCCUAGUGAAUGAAACCACGGUUAGAGUCACCCAGCAGGCUAUUCCACAGUCCGGACCACUGGUAUCGGACUGA